AUGACGAUCGACACCAACCCGGCCGAAGAGCCCCCAGCAUUUAACCUAACCGAGGUCGAUCGUCAGGUCCUCGCGCAGACCGACGAAGAAUUUAUACUGCACGACUGGGAGGAUCUCAAAUCCAUCAUAGCGCGCAACGAUCUCGGCAUCCUGAAGCGGAAACCCUCCGACCUGCACCGCUACCUGGCGUGGUCGGCGUCCACAAAACAGAAAUACGGCUCCAUCACCAACUACAUCUGCCAGGAGCGACUGCACUGGGCGCUGCCGGACACGACGACGGCGACGACGACCACCACGACCACCACCACCAUCACCGCCGCCGCCACUCACACCAACAAGCCCGGAGUAACUUCCCCUACUAUUACCACUGCAGCGGGAGUCCCCGCAGAUAGCGGGCCCGUCUUCCCCUACAACAACCCCACCCCCUUCGCCGACCCGGCCGACUACAAGAUCCUGCGGAAUGACUGGCCCUACGGCCUCAGCCCGGGCAUCGCGCACCUGGUCGUCUGGCUCCGCACGCCCGUGGCCGUGAACCCGGACGACGGGGAUCUGACACCCGAGUCGCGCGCCCUGAUCGAGGGAUUCGUGCUGCGCACGUUCGUGGGCCGGUUGGCGGCCGAGCAGCGCAACGGGGGUGGAGGGUUGUUUGCCGACUCGCCGCGCGACCAUGUGCUCUGGUUCAAGAACUGGACUGCGCUGCAGAGCGUCCGCAGUUUGGAGCAUAUCCAUGUGCUGGUGCGGGACGUGCCGGAGACGAUUCUGUUGGAGUGGACCGGGGAGGGCCCGCCGCAGCAUUGAGAUGCGCCCCCUCCAGGGAAUAUGCAUAUAGAUAUAUAUCCAUGCCUAUAGCCUCCAUUUAUCUCGGUUGUCUUUGAAGCGAAACGAUCUGUCGCGUUUGGCGCAUUCCCCAGCUUCUAG